AUGUCGUUACCACCGGUCUAUUGCAAAUCCCUCUCACAUUUCCGGUUGCAUCGGCUGCGGGUUGCCACCCACAGGGUGCCGGGGUCGAUCGUAGGAACACGCAAAAACGUCAUCGCGUCAUGUCGGAGUGUAGCGCGACCAUUCGCCGUGAAGAAAAUUUGGCUUGCUGCAAUGGAUCGCUCCUACGACAUCGAGGUGGUUCCAAACCUUACGCAGAAAUGGUAUCGGACCGAACGGAUGAGAUUACUGGCAGUCCUUGGACAACCGUCGGCGUCUGACGUCUCGUGUUAUGCUACCUUCCGCUACAUGCGAUUGAUAAUGAGGGAAUGCCACCGCGUAUCGGGGACCCGAUUGAUUCCUUGGACUCAGACGCCGCUUGGAGCUAUUUCGAGCAACGACGGCAUCACAGUCGGAGCCCAGAUGUCGUCGUGUCGACUUUGCGUUCACUUGACAUCUGCUCAACGUGUCAGCGACGUCGCAAAAGGCACGUUGCUAGCCCUCAGUCAGCUUCGCCGGCGAUCGUUGCUUCAUUGUCGUGGUACAGCAAAGCGGCUCGAGACGCGACACGUCGACCGAUUGUCGGCCACGGACUGGCGGGCCCUCACGCAUCCCAGUGUCAACACCAUGGCCGGCAUCUAUCGACGUUCGCUUGCUCGCCUUGGGCGUAGGCAGAGCGAGGUCUCUGAAGUCCGCACCACUCCCGCCGACGAACUCUCAUCGUGGCUUGGCGACGACGUCUGCACCAACUGCGGUGCCUCCACACCGCACGGCAAGCUCUUCUGCUCCGAAUCCUGCAAGCUCGCCGACGCAAAUCAAGUGGCACAGGCUUCCCUCGUCGAGAGGCUAGCCUCGCCGCUGCCCAAGUCGGACGAGUGGACCAAGCUGGAUGAAGCGGACAAGUUCCGUUACCCUUGCCCUCCUUCGCCCAGUCUGCUCGCUCAGAUGUCAGCACCGCUCCGCACCACCUACCUCACAUCGCCGGCCCUCGCUGCCUAUCAGAGCUCGCUACCGGUAUCGAGGGGUCGCGUCAGUCUUGCCUCUUCCACUUCCAACGAUGUUGGCACUGGCGAGGCACGCCACACCAAGAAGCGAAGCAGCUCCCAGUCCACCUUCUCCUCCAUCUCGGAAUCUGGCGCAAGCCACAGCGGCUUUGCAGGCACCGACCCAUCGACGCCAUCGCCGGCAUACGGACCCACGGAGGACGAGUCGAGCGAUCUCGAUGCUCAUGACUUCCAGCUGCCUCCCUCAGUCAGCACCGCUAGCUCCGUGAUGCUUCGCAAGAGUUCCAAGUCGUCGACUUCGCCAUCUUCAUCUGCAUUCGCACCACACGCAGCAGCGGCGGCGCCAUACCCCAUCACCGCUGAUGCUCGCACGCCCAAGUCUCCCCUGUGGUAUGCACGCCGACCAAGCAACACCAACUCGCGCGGUAGCUGGUACACUUCGCCUGCCAUCACCGCCACCACCAUGGCCACCGCCACCAGCCAAGGCCACGCCGUCGGCGCAUCUGCAUCGCCCAAGAUCGUCGCUUCGGACGCUCGAGCUCGCCCGAGCGGCACCGAGGCGACCUUGACUCGCAAGUCUGCAAAGGAUAUCCUCUCGCAAGCCAUCUCUUCGGCCACCUCCCCGAGCCACCACACCACCGGCGUCGACCCAACCAAGACGUUCGGUGUUCGUCGUGGACGAUCCGAGCAACUCGACACGCGAUCUCCACCUCCCGUCCACUCGGUCGCCUCGUCUGCCGGCAGGACUCUGCGUGGUGCCAGCCCUCUCAGCUCGCGAGCAUUCAGUCCUCGCAGCAGCACUGAGCUUGGCUGCGACCGGUGCCGAACCAUCUCGAACCUUUCGGGCGAGCACAACGUCUAUGGCAGCAGCUUUGUCUCGUCCAACUCUCGUGGUGGUUCGACCUCACCUCGUCUCGAGGCGGACGAGCGCUACCGCAGCAUGAAGCAGCUGCACAAGCACUCGCACAGCGCUGCCGCCGGUCUCUUCUUCACUCACAUGCAGUCGCGAAACUCGCCCGACGCCGACGAGCCUCAGGCUGCUCAAGAAGAUGAGCGACAGGGACGUCGCAUCCAGUCCUCUCGUCAUCGCAGUCCACGCUCUGAGCUGGUCGAGGAUGCGCAGCAAGAUGUGCGCGGAACUCCCCCUCGUGGCCGAUCCAAGGCUCGUGGUAGGAGCUCGCAACGUCGCAGCCCCAGCCCGCCACGGGCAGCAGCCAGGCGCGAUGCAGAGGUCCCCAUCGAGGCGAGCUACCCCUCGCCGGCCCCCAUCUCUCCACGAUCGCAGCCCAUCUCGAUCUCCAUGAUGGCUCGCGACGCGCGACGAGCCAGCGACGAAGGCACCUACCACAACGACGAAGAGCUCAAGUCUGCGUUGCCGGAUCGCCCGUCCCCGCUGAAGCUCAUCUCUGAAAAGGAGACCUUGGCUACUCUUGGUGCAUCUCCCUCCGCCCAGGCCGAGUCCCGCGGACGCGAUCGAGGCAGGAGCACGCGACGUGGCCGAGGAUCUCGAGAGCGAGGAUCAACCUCGCGAUCCCGGUCUCGCUGGAUCCACCAGGACUGCGAGCUCACCUGGGCCGGCUAUGGCCACCGUGACUCGGACCGAGGCGAAGUGGCGCCUCGUUUUGCCAACACCAAGCAGCAACAACGAUCUCCUCGCACACGCGUCGCACGCGCCAUGCCGGAAAUCUCCGAUCCGGGCUUCGACGACGUCGACCUCGAGCUUGACGGCGACGAUGAACGCGAGGAGCCGCAAUCUCUGUCGUCUGGUGGCAGUUUUGCAUCGUCCGCUCCGCGUGGACGAACCAGCAUUCGUGCUUAA